CUCCCCUCUCCCUGCCCCGCAGCCUCCCUCCGCUCACUGUGCUGGCUGCCGAGACCGGGCGCCGGGUGACGGGAGCCCUUCCUGGCCUCGCCGAGCGCCGGAGGUGGGCAGCACAGGUGGGAGCACCGCGCGCACUGCGGCCUCCUGAAUGAUGCCAGCCCAGUGUUCCCGAGCCUCCAGCCUGGCCCUCCUGCUGCUGUUGGGCGCAGUCCGAGCAGGCCCUUUCUCUCCACGCUCCAAUAUGACACUCCCAGCCCCGCGGCCCCCUCCUCAGCCAGGGGGCCGCACAGCGGAGCCAAGAGGGGGGAACCCCUCUUCUCAGCUUUAUGAGCACAUCGUAGAAGGAGGGGAAAAGCAGGUGGUGUUCACCCACCGCAUUAACCUGCCCCCGUCAGCUGGCUGUGGCUGUCCCCCAGGCACUGAGCCCCCGGUCCCUGCUUCAGAGGUGCAGGCCUUGAGGGUCCGGCUAGAGAUCCUGGAGGAGUUGGUGAAGGGGCUCAAGGAACAGUGCACUGGGGGAUGCUGUCCUGCUGCUGCCCAGGCUGGCACAGGCCAGACAGACGUUCGUAGCCUCUGCAGCCUCCACGGAGUGUUUGACUUGAACCGCUGCGCCUGCUCCUGCGAGCCUGGCUGGGGUGGGCCCACCUGCUCCGACCCUACGGACUCCGGAGUGUCCCCUUCCUCCCCACCCUCUGCUUCCGGGUCCUGCCCAGAUGACUGCAACGACCAGGGGCGCUGUGUCCGUGGUCGCUGCGUGUGCUUCUCUGGCUACACGGGCCCCAGCUGUGGCUGGCCCUCCUGCCCCGGGGACUGCCACGGCCACGGGCGCUGCGUGCAGGGCGCGUGCGUGUGCCGGCCGGGCUUCUCUGGCGCCGACUGCAGCCAGCGCUCCUGCCCUCGAGGCUGCAGCCAGAGGGGGCGCUGCGAAAACGGGCGCUGCGUGUGCCACCCGGGCUACACUGGCGAGGACUGUGCGGCACGGAGCUGCCCCCGGGGCUGCAGCCAGAAGGGGCGCUGUGAGGACGGGCGCUGCGUCUGUGACCCCGGCUACGCCGGCGAGGACUGCGGCUCGCGGACCUGCCCUGGGGACUGUGGCGAAGGUGGGCGCUGCGUGGACGGCCGCUGCGUGUGCUGGCCCGGCUACGCGGGCGAGGACUGCGGCACGCGGACGUGCCCGCGCGACUGCCGGGGUCGCGGGCGCUGCGAGGACGGCGAAUGCAUCUGCGACGCGGGCUACAGCGGGGACGACUGCGGCGUGCGCAGCUGCCCGGGCGACUGCCACCAAAGGGGCCGCUGUGAGGACGGCCGCUGCGUGUGCUGGCCCGGGUACUCGGGUCCCGACUGCGGCGCGCGCGCCUGCCCGCGCGACUGCCGUGGCCGCGGGCGCUGCGAGAACGGCGUGUGCGUGUGCAAUGCGGGCUACAGCGGCGAGGACUGCGGCGUGCGCAGCUGUCCCGGGGACUGUCGCGGCCGGGGUCGUUGCGAGAGUGGCCGCUGUGUGUGUUGGCCCGGGUACACGGGCCGGGACUGCAGCGUACGCGCCUGCCCCGGCGACUGUCGUGGGCGAGGGCGCUGCGUGGACGGCCGCUGCGUGUGCAACCCGGGCUUCACGGGCGAGGACUGCGGGAGCCGUCGGUGCCCCGGGGACUGCCGGGGCCGCGGCCGCUGCGAGGAUGGCGUGUGCGCGUGCGACGUGGGCUACGAGGGAGAGGACUGCGGCGCGCUGAGCUGCCCCGGAGGUUGCCGAGGCCGCGGCCAGUGCCUCGACGGACGCUGUGUGUGCGACGACGGCUACUCGGGCGACGACUGCGGCUUGCGGAGGUGCCCGCACGACUGUAGCCAGCGCGGCGUGUGCCAGGAUGGGGUGUGCUCCUGCUGGGAGGGCUUCGCGGGAGAGGACUGCAGCCUCCGGACCUGCCCCUCCAACUGCCACCGGCGGGGCCGCUGUGAGGAUGGGCGCUGCGUGUGCGACGCCGGUUACACCGGCCCCUCCUGCUCCGUCCGCACCUGCCCGCACGACUGCCGGGGCCGCGGGCGCUGUGUGCAGGGAGUGUGCGUGUGCCACGCGGGCUACAGCGGCGAGGACUGUGGGCAGGAAGAGCCUCCUGCCGCUGCCUGCCCCGGGGGCUGCGGGCCCCGGGAGCUGUGCCGCGCCGGCCAGUGUGUGUGCGUGGAGGGCUUCCGAGGCCCCGACUGCGCCAUCCAGAUGUGCCCUGGGGACUGCCGGGGCCGCGGAGAGUGUCGCGAGGGCAGCUGCGUCUGCCUGGAGGGCUAUGCGGGGGAGGACUGCGGGGAAGAGGUGCCAGCCAUUGAGGGCAUGAGGAUGCAUCUCCUGGAGGAGACGACGGUUCGGACAGAGUGGACCCGGGCUCCGGGCCCGGUGGAUGCCUAUGAGAUUCAGUUCAUCCCCACGCCAGAGGGCGCGAGCCCGCCGUUCACUGCGCGGGUGCCCAGCUCUGCCUCCGCCUAUGACCAGAGAGGACUGGCCCCCGGGCAGGAGUACCAGGUCACUGUCCGCGCCCUUCGAGGGACCAACUGGGGCCCUCCUGCCUCCAAGACCAUCACCACCAUGAUCGAUGGCCCCCAGGACCUCCGGGUGGUGGCCGUGACGCCAACCACACUGGAGCUCGGCUGGCUGCGCCCCCAGGCCGAGGUGGACCGAUUCGUGGUGUCCUACGUCAGUGCUGGCAACCAGAGGGUGCGGCUGGAAGUGCCCGCCGAGGCAGACGGGACGCUGCUGACUGACCUGAUGCCAGGCGUGGAGUACGUGGUGACCGUCACCGCGGAGCGGGGCCGGGCAGUGAGCUACCCGGCCUCUGUCAGGGCCAACACAGCCCCCGGCCACUACAGCUACCCGGAGGUGCGGCCCCCCGCCCCGCCCCCGCGGCCCCGGCCCGCCCCGCCCGCGCGCCCCCCGCGGCCGCCGGAGGAGAGGCGGGAGGAGCCUCGGCCGGACCCCGGCCGGUCCCCGCCCCCCCGGCCGUGGGGCAACCUGACGGCCGAGCUGGGCCGCUUCCGUGGCUCCGCGCAGGACCUGGAGCGCCACCUGCGGGCGCGCGGCUUCCCGCUGCGGGCCAACCAGACCUACGCGUCGGCGGCGCGCCGCAUCCACGACUACCUGCAGCGGCGCCGCGCGCCCGCCGGCUCCCCCGCCCCGAGGGCCCCCCCGCCCACCGCCGGCCCCGACGCCGGCCCCUGGCGGCGAGACUCCCACCUGGGCAUCUACGGCCUCUCGCCCGAAGGCGUCGACGGGGUGGCGGGGCCGCGCCACCCCAAGCCCGAGGUGCUGGGCAGCGCCGCCGACGGCUCGCUGCUCGUGUCCCUCGAUGGGCUCCGCGGCCACUUCGAGCGCGUGGUGCUGCGCUGGCAGCCGCAGCCGCCGGCAGAAGGCCCCCGCGGGGAGCUGAGCGUGCCCGGCACCGCGCGCACCGUCAGCCUGCCCCGCCUCCGGCCCGGCACCACCUACCACGUGGAGGUCCACGGGGUGCGGGCCGGGCAGACCUCCAAGUCCUACGCCUUCAUCACCACCACAGGGUCCUCCCCUUCCAGCCUCUUGGGGGCCACUGAUGAGCCUCCUCCCUCAGGCCCUUCAACGACUCAAGGAGCCCAGGCGCCCGGCCUGCAGCAGCGCCCCCAGGAGCUGGGGGAGUUGAGAGUGCUGGGCAGAGACGAGACAGGGCGCCUCCGUGUGGCCUGGAUGGCCCAGCCUGACACCUUUGCCCACUUCCAGCUGCGCCUCCGGGUGCCCAAUGGGCCAGGGUCGCAUGACCAACUACUGCCCGGGGAUGUCCGGCAGGCACUGCUGCCCUCACCCCCUCCUGGAGCCCCCUAUGAGCUGUCACUUCGUGGGGUGCCCCCUGAGGGCGAGCCCUCUGCCCCUCUCAUCUACCAAGGCAUUAUGGACAGCGACGGGGAAAAGCCCGGGAAGCCCUUGGCCCCACCGCGCCUGGGCGGGCUGACAGUGACCGACGUGACCUCCAGCUCCCUGCUCCUGCACUGGACGGUCCCGGAGGGCGAGUUCGACUCCUUCGUGAUCCAGUACAAAGACAGGGACCAGCCCCGGGUGGUGCCUGUGGAGGGGCCCCAGCGCUCGGCCCUCAUCACCAACUUGGAUGUGGGCCGCAAGUACAAAUUCCUCCUGUACGGCUUUGUGGGCAAGAAGAGGCACGGCCCCCUGGCGGCUGAAGCCAAGAUCUUGCCUCGGAGCGAUCCCAGCCCAGAGACCCUGCCCCGCCUGGGCACGCUGUGGGUGACGGAGCCCACCCCACACUCGCUGCGCCUCUCCUGGACGGUCCCCGAGGGCCACUUCGACUCCUUCGUGGUUCAGUACAGGGACAGGGAUGGGCGGCCCCAGGUGGUGCCCGUGGAAGGGCCGGAGCGCUCCGUCACUGUCUCCCCCCUGGACGCCGACCACAAGUACAGAUUCACUCUGUUUGGGGUUGCCAACAAGGAGCGGCACGGCCCCCUCUCAGCCGAGGGCACCACUGCCCCAGAGAGGACAGAGGAGCCCCGCCCAGAGCCCCCUGAGCAGCCGCUGCUGGGGGAGCUGACAGUGACGGGCGCCACCCCAGACGCCCUGCGCCUGUCCUGGACCGUGGCCCGGGGCCGCUUCUCCUCGUUCGUGAUCCAGUACAAGGACGCACAGGGGCAGCCCCGGGCAGUGCCUGUCAAGGGAGAGGAGAGCACGGCCACCAUCGCCGGCCUGGAACCCGGCCGGAAGUAUAAAAUGACCCUCUACGGCCUCCAUGGCCGGCAGCGUGUGGGGCCGGUGUCUGUGGUGGCCACCACGGCCGCCCAGGAGGUAGAGGAGGAGCCCCCGAGCUCCACAGAACCCAGCACCGAGGCCCCACAGCCUCCCCAGGAGCCCCUGCUGGGGGAGCUGACGGUGACGGGAUCCUCCCCGGACUCGCUGAGCCUGUCCUGGACUGUCCCCCGGGGCCAGUUUGACCACUUCCUGGUCCAGUACAAGAACGGGGACGGGCAGCCCAAGGCGGUCCGGGUGCCGGGACACGAGGAUGGGGUCACCAUCUCGGGCCUGGAGCCGGACCACAAGUACAAGAUUCACCUGUAUGGCUUCCACGACGGCCAGCGCCAGGGCCCCGCCUCUGCUACCGGGGUGACAGCUGCAGAGGAGGAGACCCCCAGCCCCGCAGAACCCAGCACGGAGGCCCCAGAGCCCCCCGAGGAGCCCCUGCUGGGGGAGCUGACGGUGACGGGAUCCUCCCCGGACUCGCUGAGCCUGUCCUGGACCGUCCCCCGGGGCCACUUCGACGCCUUCACCGUCCAGUACAAGGACAGGGACGGGCGGCCCCAGGUGGUGCGUGUCGGGGGUGAGGAGAGCGAGGUCACCGUGCGGGGCCUGGAGCCGGGGCGCAAGUACAAGAUGCACCUGUACGGCCUGCACGGGGGGCGGCGCGUGGGCCCCGCGUCCACCCUGGGGCUGACCGCUCAUCCAGCUCCCGACUACGAAGCUGUGACCACCCAAGUCCCACCCACCACGACCCCUGAGCCUCCCGUGAAGCCCCUGCUGGGGGAGCUGAUGGUGACGGGAUCCUCCCCGGACUCGCUGAGCCUGUCCUGGACCGUCCCCCAGGGCCAGUUUGACCACUUCCUGGUCCAGUACAAGAACGGGGACGGGCAGCCCAAGGCGGUCCGGGUGCCGGGACACGAGAACGGGGUCACCAUCUCGGGCCUGGAGCCGGACCACAAGUACAAGAUGCACCUGUAUGGCUUCCACGACGGCCAGCGCCAGGGCCCCGCCUCUGCCACCGGGGUGACAGCUGCAGAGGAGGAGACCCCCAGCCCCGCAGAACCCAGCACGGAGGCCCCAGAGCCCCCCGAGGAGCCCCUGCUGGGGGAGCUGACGGUGACGGGAUCCUCCCCGGACUCGCUGAGCCUGUCCUGGACCGUCCCCCGGGGCCACUUCGACGCCUUCACCGUCCAGUACAAGGACAGGGACGGGCGGCCCCAGGUGGUGCGUGUCGGGGGUGAGGAGAGCGAGGUCACCGUGCGGGGCCUGGAGCCGGGGCGCAAGUACAAGAUGCACCUGUACGGCCUGCACGGGGGGCGGCGCGUGGGCCCCGCGUCCACCCUGGGGCUGACCGCUCCAGCACCGGGAGCCGCUCCUGCAGCCACCGAGCCGCCCCUGGGGCCGCGCCUGGGGGAGCUGACUGUGACCGGCGUGACCCCCCGCUCCGUGGGCCUCGCGUGGACCGUCCCCGAGGGCCAGUUUGACUCCUUCGUGGUCCAGUACGAGGACAGCGAUGGGCAGCUCCAGGUGGUGCCUGUGGCCGCAGACCAGCGUGAGGCCACCGUCCCCGGCCUGGAGCCCGCUCGCGGAUACAGGAUGCUCGUCUAUGGGCUCCACGGCGGGCAGCGCCUGGGCCCGCUCUCUGUGGGAGCUGUGACGGCUCCCCUCCCGCCAGCUCCAGCCACAGAGUCCCCCCAAGAGCCGCGCCUGGGGGAGCUGACGGUGACAGAUGUGACCCCGAGCUCCGUGGGCCUCUCGUGGACGGUUCCUGCGGGUGAAUUCGACGCCUUCGUGGUCCAGUACAAGGACAGGGACGGGCAGCUCCGGGUGGUGCCUGUGGCCGCAGACCAGCGCGCAGUCACUGUUCCCGGCCUGGAGCCCGACAGGAAGUACAGGUUCCUGCUCUUUGGGAUCCAGGAAGGGAAGCGACGCAGCCCCGUUUCUGUGGAGGCAAAGACAGAACCGUCCUCUCUGCCAGCGGCCCACGGUGACGCCAGCCCGCAGGCCCCACCCCGCCUCGGGGAGCUGUGGGUGACAGAUCCCACCCCGGACUCCCUGCGCCUCUCCUGGACGGUCCCCGAGGGCCACUUCGACUCCUUCGUGGUCCAGUUCAAGGACAGGGACGGGCCCCGGAUGGUGCCUGUGGGUGGCCACGAGCGCUCGGUCACCAUCACCCCCCUGGACAGCGGCCGCACGUACAGAUUUCUCCUCUACGGCCUCCUGGGCAAGAGACGCCACGGCCCCCUCAGCGCCGACGGCACCACAGAGGCGCAGGGCGCUGCGAGUGUCGCUGGAACAAAGGGCCCCCCAAAGCCCCGUCUGGGGGCGGAGCUGCAGGUGACCAGCGUGACACCGGACUCCGUGGGCCUCGCAUGGACCGUCCCCGAGGGCCAGUUUGACUCCUUCGUGGUCCAGUACAAGGACAGGGAGGGGCGGCCACAGGUGCUGCCUGUGGAGGGCGGCCUCAGGGAGGCCAGGGUCUGGGGCCUGGACGCCGCCCGCAGGUACAAGCUGCUGCUCUACGGGCUGCACCAGGGCAGGCGCGUGGGGCCCCUCUCGACCUUCGCUAUGACAGCCGCCCAGGAGGUAGAGGAGGAGACCCCGAGCUCCACAGAACCCAGCACCGAGGCCCCACAGCGUCCCCAGGAUCCCCUGCUGGGGGAGCUGACGGUGACGGGAUCCUCCCCGGACUCGCUGAGCCUGUCCUGGACCGUCCCCCAGGGCCAGUUUGACCACUUCCUGGUCCAGUACAAGAACGGGGACGGGCAGCCCAAGGCGGUCCGGGUGCCGGGACACGAGAACGGGGUCACCAUCUCGGGCCUGGAGCCGGACCACAAGUACACGAUGCACCUGUAUGGCUUCCACGACGGCCAGCGCCAGGGCCCCGCCUCUGCCACCGGGGUGACAGCUGCAGAGGAGGAGACCCCCAGCCCCGCAGAACCCAGCACGGAGGCCCCAGAGCCCCCCGAGGAGCCCCUGCUGGGGGAGCUGACGGUGACGGGAUCCUCCCCGGACUCGCUGAGCCUGUCCUGGACCGUCCCCCGGGGCCACUUCGACGCCUUCACCGUCCAGUACAAGGACAGGGACGGGCGGCCCCAGGUGGUGCGUGUCGGGGGUGAGGAGAGCGAGGUCACCGUGCGGGGCCUGGAGCCGGGGCGCAAGUACAAGAUGCACCUGUACGGCCUGCACGGGGGGCGGCGCGUGGGCCCCGCGUCCACCCUGGGCCUGACCGCUCAUCCAGCUCCCGACUACGAAGCUGUGACCACCCAAGUCCCACCCACCACGACCCCUGAGCCUCCCGUGAAGCCCCUGCUGGGGGAGCUGACGGUGACUGGAUCCUCCCCGGACUCGCUGAGCCUGUCCUGGACCGUCCCCCAGGGCCAGUUUGACCACUUCCUGGUCCAGUACAAGAACGGGGACGGGCAGCCCAAGGCGGUCCGGGUGCCGGGACACGAGGACAGGGUCACCAUCUCGGGCCUGGAGCCGGACCACAAGUACAAGAUGCACCUGUAUGGCUUCCACGACGGCCAGCGCCAGGGCCCUGCCUCUGCCACCGGGGUGACAGCUGCAGAGGAGGAGACCCCCAGCCCCGCAGAACCCAGCACGGAGGCCCCAGAGCCCCCCGAGGAGCCCCUGCUGGGGGAGCUGACGGUGACGGGAUCCUCCCCGGACUCGCUGAGCCUGUCCUGGACCGUCCCCCGGGGCCACUUCGACGCCUUCACCGUCCAGUACAAGGACAGGGACGGGCGGCCCCAGGUGGUGCGUGUCGGGGGUGAGGAGAGCGAGGUCACCGUGCGGGGCCUGGAGCCGGGGCGCAAGUACAAGAUGCACCUGUACGGCCUGCACGGGGGGCGGCGCGUGGGCCCCGCGUCCACCCUGGGCCUGACCGGCCCCAAAGCAGAGCCCCCUGCCAGCCCGCCCGUGAAGCCCCUGCUGGGGGAGCUGACGGUGACCGGAUCCUCCCCGGACUCGCUGAGCCUGUCCUGGACCGUCCCCCAGGGCCAGUUUGACCACUUCCUGGUCCAGUACAAGAACGGGGACGGACAGCCCAAGGCGGUCCGGGUGCCGGGACACGAGGACGGGGUCACCAUCUCGGGCCUGGAGCCGGACCACAAGUACAAGAUGCACCUGUAUGGCUUCCACGACGGCCAGCGCCAGGGCCCCGCCUCUGCCACCGGGGUGACAGGUGAGUGGGUGGAGACCCCCAGCCCCGCAGAACCCAGCACGGAGGCCCCAGAGCCCCCCGAGGAGCCCCUGCUGGGGGAGCUGACGGUGACGGGAUCCUCCCCGGACUCGCUGAGCCUGUCCUGGACCGUCCCCCGGGGCCACUUCGACGCCUUCACCGUCCAGUACAAGGACAGGGACGGGCGGCCCCAGGUGGUGCGUGUCGGGGGUGAGGAGAGUGAGGUCACCGUGCGGGGCCUGGAGCCGGGGCGCAAGUACAAGAUGCACCUGUACGGCCUGCACGGGGGGCGGCGCGUGGGCCCCGCGUCCACCCUGGGCCUGACCGCUCAUCCAGCUCCCGACUACGAAGCUGUGACCACCCAAGUCCCACCCACCACGACCCCUGAGCCUCCCGUGAAGCCCCUGCUGGGGGAGCUGACGGUGACGGGAUCCUCCCCGGACUCGCUGAGCCUGUCCUGGACCGUCCCCCAGGGCCAGUUUGACCACUUCCUGGUCCAGUACAAGAACGGGGACGGACAGCCCAAGGCGGUCCGGGUGCCGGGACAUGAGAACGGGGUCACCAUCUCGGGCCUGGAGCCGGACCACAAGUACAAGAUGCACCUGUAUGGCUUCCACGACGGCCAGCGCCAGGGCCCCGCCUCUGCCACCGGGGUGACAGCUGCAGAGGAGGAGACCCCCAGCCCCGCAGAACCCAGCACGGAGGCCCCAGAGCCCCCCGAGGAGCCCCUGCUGGGGGAGCUGACGGUGACGGGAUCCUCCCCGGACUCGCUGAGCCUGUCCUGGACCGUCCCCCGGGGCCACUUCGACGCCUUCACCGUCCAGUACAAGGACAGGGACGGGCGGCCCCAGGUGGUGCGUGUCGGGGGUGAGGAGAGCGAGGUCACCGUGUGGGGCCUGGAGCCGGGGCGCAAGUACAAGAUGCACCUGUACGGCCUGCACGGGGGGCGGCGCGUGGGCCCCGCGUCCACCCUGGGCCUGACCGCCGUCCUGCCCUCGGAGCCCCCCGUGGCACCCCGCCUGGAGGAGCUGGCUAUGUCCGCCGUGACCUCAGACUCGGUGCACCUGUCCUGGACGGUGGCCCAGGGCCCUUUCGACUCCUUCCUGGUCCAGUACAGGGACGAGCAGGGGCAGCCGCAGGCAGUGCCCGUGGGCGGAGACCUCCGGGAGGUCACCGUCUCGGGCCUGGCCCCUGCCCGCAAGUACAAAUUCCUCCUCUUUGGAGUGCAGGGUGCGAAAAGGCACGGCCCACUCUCUGCGGACGCCAAGACCCUCCCAGACACAAAACCUCCGCGCCUGGGGGAGCUGACAGUGACCGGCGUGACCCCGGACUCCGUGGGCCUCUCGUGGACGGUCCCCCAGGGCAACUUCGACUCCUUCAAGGUCCAGUACAAGGACAGACACGGGCAGCCCCGGGUGGUGCCCGUGGCCGCAGACCGGCGCGAGGCCACCAUCGGCGGCCUGGAGCCCCACCGGAAGUACAGGUUCCUGCUCUACGGGCUGGCAGGCGGGAAGCAGCUGGGCCCCGUCGCCGCUGAGGGCACCACAGCCCCAGAAGAGGACACAUCCGCCCGCUGGCAAGCUGCCACAGGGGCCCCCGACACCCCCGGAGGGCCCCGCCUGGGGGAGCUGGCCGUGACCGACAGCACCCCGGACUCCCUGCGCCUUGCAUGGACGGUGGCUCGGGGCCCCUUCGACUCCUUCGUGGUGCAGUACUGGGACUCGGACAGGCAGCCCCAGGCCUUGCUCGUGGGUGGGGACCAGCACGGGGUGCACGUGUCAGGCCUGGAGCCCAGCACCGCCUACAAGUUCUUCCUCUACGGCCUCCACGAAGGGAAGCGCCUGGGGCCCGUCUCCACGGAGGGCACCACAGGGUCGGCCCCUGCCGGGCAGACGCCAGGGGGACCGGGGCCCCGGCUGUCCCAGCUGUCCGUGACCGACGUGACGACCAGCUCCCUGCGGCUCAACUGGGAGGCGCCCCCUGGGGCCUUCGACUCCUUCCUGCUCCGCUACGGGGUCCCAUCAGCAAGCACUCCGGAGCCGCAUCUGCGUCCCCUGCUGCAGCGGGAGGUGACCGUGCCGGGGACGCAGCUCUCGGCCGUGCUCCGGGACCUGCGCCCUGGGACCCUGUACAGCCUGACGCUGUAUGGGCUGCGCGGGCCCCACCAGGCCGACAGCGUGCAGGGCACGGCCCGAACCCUCAGCCCAGUUCUGGAGAGCCCCCGGGACCUACAGUUCAGCGACAUUGGGGAGACCUCAGCCAAGGUCAGCUGGACGCCCCCACCGUCCAGAGCCGACAGCUUCAAAGUGUCCUACCAGCUGGUGGACGGAGGGGAGCCACAGAGUGUGCUGGUGGGCGGCAGAGCCCGGACCCAGCAGCUCGGGGGGCUGGUCCCAGGCGCUCACUAUGAGGUGACCGUGGUGUCCGUCCGAGGCUUCGAGGAGAGCGAGCCGCUCACCGGCUUCCUCACCACGGUUCCGGACGGCCCCACCCAGCUGCGUGCACUGAACUUGACGGAGGGAACCGCCAGGCUGCACUGGAAGCCGCCCCAGGCUCCCGUGGACACCUAUGCCGUCAGGGUCACGGCCCCAGGCGCCCCCUCUCUACAGGCCUCGGCCCCGGGCAGCGCUGUGGACUACCCCCUGCAGGGCCUGGAGCUCCACACCAACUACACAGCCACCGUACAUGGCCUUCGGGGCCCCAACCUCACCUCUCCAGCCAGCAUCGUCUUCACCACAGGCUUGGAGGGCCCCCGGGACUUGGAGGCCAAAGAAGUGACCCCCCGCACGGCCCUGCUUACGUGGACUGAGCCCCAAGUCCUGCCCACUGGCUAUCUGCUCACCUACGACACCCCUGAUGGACAGACCCAGGAGAUCCUGCUCCCGGGAAGUGUCACCUCUCACCAGCUCCUGGGCCUCUUUCCCUCCACCACCUACAGAGCCUGGCUCCGGGCCAUGUGGGGCGAGGCCCUCACGCCGCCCAUGUCCACCUCCUUCACCACUGGUGGACUGCAGGUCCCCUUUCCCCGGGACUGUGGGGAGGAGAUGCAGAACGGGGCGGGCACCUCCAGAACCACCACCAUCUUCCUCAAUGGAAACCGCGCGCGGCCACUGGACGUGUUUUGUGACAUGGAGACGGACGGGGGCGGCUGGCUGGUGUUCCAGCGCCGCAUGGAUGGACGCACGGACUUCUGGAGGGACUGGGAGGACUAUGCCCACGGUUUUGGGAACAUCUCCGGGGAGUUCUGGCUGGGCAACGAGGCCCUGCACAGCCUGACCAGCCACGGGGACUACUCCAUGCGUGUGGACCUGCGGGCCGGGGGCGAGGUGGCGUUCGCCCAGUACGACUCCUUCCGGGUAGACUCGGCUGCUGACUACUACCGCCUCCACCUGGAGGGCUACCACGGCACAGCAGGGGACUCCAUGAGCUACCACAGUGGCAGUGUCUUCUCUGCCCGAGACCGCGACCCCAACAACUUGCUCAUCUCCUGCGCCGUCUCCUACCGAGGGGCCUGGUGGUACAGGAACUGCCACUACGCCAACCUCAACGGGCUCUACGGGAGCACAGUGGACCACCAGGGAGUGAGCUGGUACCACUGGAAGGGCUUCGAGUUCUCCGUGCCCUUCACGGAGAUGAAGCUGAGACCCAGAGGCUACCGGGCGCCCGCCGGGGGAGGCUGAGCAGCUCCGCCGCAGGCAGGCGUGCCGCCCAGCACUGAGGGGCCGCGAGGAGAGCCAGGGCUCGCCACCGCCCGCCCCAGAGGAGGCUUCCUCCACCGCGAUCUCACAGCACUUUGUUUACAGGGGGUGGGGGUGUACAGAAGCAAUAAAAGGAGAAACUGAGGCUCGAGA